GCCCUGCUGACGCUGGGGUUGGUGUUGCUGACCGUUUACUUCGUGAUCCAGCCCUACAGCCCGCUGCCGCCUGAAGCUCCGCUCUCCAGAGCCCAGGCCUGGGGCUCCCUCAUCGGCCACAUCCGGCUGCUCCCUCUGCCCAUUGCCAAGAAGUACAUGCUGGAGAAAUGCCAGGACUGGUGGGCAGCAGGUUGCAGACCGAACACCUCUGCGCUCCCUGCAAACUGCACGGUCUGUUCUGCUGUCAGAAGCCUUCAGGUGGUGACAGACUUGGGAGAACUCUCCGAAAAGCUCCAGAGGUCGCAGCCUUUUCUAAUCAAGACAGGGCAGCACCUCUCCUAUGAAGAACUGAAGCAUUUUCAGUCCCAGGAUCCAGACCUGGCAGAGGUUAUCAUAGAAGAAAACUCAGCUGAACUGUGGAGCUGCCCAUUUUUCUUCCCCUGGAACAAAUCUGUGAACAAAACUCGGACUCUGCAGGAGUUUUUCCCCACUUCCUCCUUGCUGUCCUUCCCCAAGACGGUGUCCCUGGAGAGCUGCUUCCUCAUCCGCCACCCAGAUUUGGGGAACAAG